CGCCGAGCUCGCCCACCGACCAACAAGCCCACAAGGCCUAGCCACCACCACCAUCCUCCUCCUCUCCCUCCCCCCACCGCCCGACCAUUCUUCCCGCAGGCACGGGCGCACGCCGCACGCGGUUUCCACUCGCUUCGUCCCCUGCGGAUCCCCCUCAGAGUAACAGUCUAGCAGAGGCGCAGAGCGAGCAUGUCGUCGUCGGCGGAGAACGACCCCACGGUGACCGAGCGCGGCGCCAGCAGCAAGGACAAGCACGAGGACGGCGACAAGGAGCAGGGCGGCGGCGGGUUCAUUGACAAGGUGAAGGACUUCAUCCACGACAUCGGCGAGAAGAUCGAGGAGGCGGUCGGGUUCGGCAAGCCCACGGCCGACGUCUGCGGCAUCCACAUCCCGCACAUCAGCCUUCACCGCGCCGACCUCGUCGUGGACGUGCUCAUCAAGAACCCCAACCCGGUGCCCAUCCCGCUCGUCGACAUCGACUACCUCAUCGACAGCGACGGCCGCAAGCUCGUGUCCGGCCUCAUCCCCGACGCCGGCACCAUCCACGCGCACGGCCAGGAGACCGUCAAGAUCCCCGUCUCGCUCGUCUUCGACGACAUCCGGAGCACUUACAAGGACAUUCAGCCGGGGAGCAUCAUCCCUUACCUCGUCCGCGUCGUGCUCCUCGUCGACGUCCCCAUCAUCGGCCGCAUCAAGAUCCCGAUCCAGAAGGACGGCGAGAUCCCCAUCCCGUACAAGCCCGACGUCGACGUCGAGAAGAUCAAGUUCCACCACUUCUCCUUCGAGGAGACCACCGCCACGCUCCACCUCAAGCUCGAGAACAAGAACGACUUCGACCUCGGCCUCAACCUGCUCGAGUACGAGAUGUGGCUCGGCGACGAUAGCAUCGCCUCCGCUGAGCUCACCCAGACCGCCAAGAUCGAGAAGCAGGGGAUCACCAGGAUGCAGGUGCCCUUCAGCUUCAGGCCUAAGGACUUUGGAUCCGCUGUCUGGGACAUGAUCAGGGGAAGGGGCACGGGGUACACCAUCAAGGGAAAGAUUGAUGUCGACACUCCCUUCGGCAACAUGAAGCUGCCCAUAAGCAAAGAGGGUGGAACCACCUGCAUCAAGAAGGACGAUGACGACGAUGACGACGAUGACAACUGAACUGAGGCAGGACUGGAGCGCUGCUGUUACCUUUCACACAAAAUGCAGCAAAGCAGAGAAGGAUGUGGGGAUCGUCAUCCACCUGAUACCCUUAGUGCUAGUUAAGCUCGUGCCUUAGCUUAUGGUGUCUUGUUGUUUUGCAUCGUCUGAACAUCCUCACUUCGUCAGUGUACGUUGUGGUGCCAUGCGGUUGUCCAGUUUGAGGUUUCCUCUGUGUAGUCUCCUGCGUGAAUUCCUUCUCCAAACUUUGCGGUUGGAACUGAAGAAUAAGAAUAAAAUUCCAUGACCCUCCUGGUUCUUUUGUGGGUCUGGUUGGAAUA